AACAUUUUUAGGCAUCAUGAAUGUUACACUUAAGCUUAUAUCGUCGCAAGUUUUACAAUCUGGUAUAAAGCCACACUCAACAGCAUCAGUAAAGAUUUUUCAAAAUCUGCUCUUUUGUCAGUCUAUAAAUAAUCAAAUAAGACUAUAUGCUGCUGAAGCAGUUGCAAGGAAGGCUUUUUCUCGUCAAAAACCACAUAUCAAUAUUGGAACAAUUGGACAUGUUGAUCAUGGGAAGACUACACUUACUGCAGCUAUAACUAAAGUGCUGUCUGAAAAAGGGGGUUCAAAGUUUAAAGAUUAUGCUGACAUCGACAAUGCUCCAGAGGAGAGAGCCAGAGGAAUCACAAUAAAUGCUUCUCAUGUAGAGUAUGAAACAGACACUCGUCAUUAUGGUCAUAUUGAUUGUCCUGGCCAUGCUGAUUACAUCAAGAACAUGAUAACUGGUGCUGCACAGAUGGAUGGUGCAAUACUUGUUGUUGCAGCUACAGAUGGUCAAAUGCCUCAAACUAGAGAACAUUUACUUCUUGCAAAUCAGAUUGGAGUUAAAAACUUGUGUGUUUUUAUUAACAAAGCUGAUAUGGUUGAUGAUAAAGAAAUUAUGGACUUGGUUGAAAUGGAAAUUCGAGAGUUGCUGACUGAAUAUGGUUAUGAUGGAGACAACACUCCAGUAAUUGGAGGAUCAGCUUUAUGUGCAUUAGAGGGGAAAAAACCAGAACUUGGAGUUCAAAAAAUUCAAGAACUUUUAGCUGCAGUAGAUUCUCAUAUUCCGUUACCAAAGCGUGAUCUUGAUAAACCCUUUUUAAUGCCUGUAGAAGAUUCUUUCUCUAUAUCUGGAAGAGGCACUGUCAUUACAGGAAGUAUUGAGAGAGGUAUUGUCAAAAAGGGAGAUGAAUUAGAGUUGGUAGGUCACAGUAAUGUACCAAUUAAAACAGUUGCAACAGGUUUGGAGAUGUUUCACAAAUCUCUUGAGCAAGGUCAAGCUGGUGAUAACCUAGGAGCAUUAGUUCGAGGCUUAAAGCGUGAAGAUGUAAAACGAGGAAUGGUUCUUUGUGCUCCUGGAACUGUUAAAGCAUACACAAAAUGCAAAGCUCAAGUAUAUAUUUUGAAAAAAGAAGAGGGUGGGCGUCACAAGCCUUUUGUAUCUAACUAUACUCCACAGAUGUAUGUCAGAACAGGUGAUGUUGCAGCCACCAUUACUCUUGAUGCUGGUAAAGAGUUUGUAAUGCCAGGUGAAGAUGCUAGCUUUUCAUUGACACUUAUGCAUCCUACUCCUCUUGAAAAGGGUUUGCGUUUUACAAUGAGAGAAGGUAGCAAAACUGUUGGUACAGGUGUUAUUACAGAAGUUAUUGAGUAGAUUUUAAGACUAAUUUUAGCAAGAAAAUCUUUUUAAAUACUUCAAGUGAUAAGUACAAUACAUAGUUAAAAAAAAACAUGUACAACUAUAGAAAAUACAAGCUGAAAAUGUUUUUUA